UUCUUCUUCUGUCAAAUAAAAAACAAAAGUCCCAGUAAGUGCUACUUACCCAUUAACAUCGAAUUUGGUUCCUAUUCAUCGAACACACUCAUCUCACAGCUGCUGUCACACAAGUUAAAAUUUUGCGUCACCGCGAAAUAUCAGCUUUGCUUUGGAUCUCAAUUCAAGAAAAAACAAACAGUGCUAAUUAGUUGUUGCAGAAUUUGCGGAAACGCAUUCAGAAAAUAAAAAUAAAAAUAUACAAAUUCUAUUGAAAAAACCAACAGUUUCCAAAUUAAAUUUAUUUACAAAAUAACUCUCAAUAUAUUGCAUUAAAUAUAAAUUAAAUUUAAAACCUGAAAUUGUCUGCAAACUGCAAUGAUAUUACAAUUUGCAAGCGCACAACUUUUCAUCACAUUCAAUUCCAAAAAUCGAGCCUUCAAAAUAGUCCAGCAUUAAAACAGAAGAGAAGCGAAGAGACAAACGGCGAACGGCGAAGAAAAAAAAAAGCAAGCAGAAAGACCCCACGCGUUGGAGAAGCCCAUAGCCCUAAUCAUGCUGUUGCUAACCCUUUUAUGCCUUUUGCAUAGUGCACUUAUCGAUUGUCAACUGGACAAGGUUGAUAAUAGUUAUCAACAGCAGCAGCACCGAAAUCAACCUCUCCACCAUCAGGACAUUUAUGUCGAAAAUAUUCCUCUCAGUUCCUCCUCAUCCUCAAACACAGACGGUGCUGCGGCUACCUCGUCGUCAUCUUCAUCUUCCACGAUAGAUGUCACCACCGACAUAGCCUCCGAAUUGUAUCGCAGUUUGUCCUUUCAGCCGUCAAGCCUCGACUUCGGAGCGUGGUCAAUAGGGACAGCCCAAUCACAUGUUGUGACCUUAGUUAAUAAAAACGAAAACAGCAGUGUCUACCUGAGUUCGGUGUCGGGCAAGACUGCCGACUUCUAUAGUUCGUUCUUUCAAGACAAAGUCGUACCGCCUCGGGGCAAUACCACAUUUAAUGUUGUGUUUCUGCCGCGGUCACAUGGAGCCGUUGAAACGAAUCUACUCAUUCACACGUCCUUUGGCCAGGCCAGGCUACUGGUCAAGGGCGAAGGGAGAGAGUGUCCCUAUCGACUGAAGCCGUUGGUGGGCAUACGUGCCCCAUUGAAUUCAACGCUAUCGCCCGAGAUUCAUAUGUAUAAUCCACAUACGAAGCCACUGCAGAUUGUAGAGGUUUAUAGCAGUGGUGGUCAAUUCCAACUGGAAUUACCCAGUGGUGGCCAAGAAGGACCCCAAGACUUAUGGGAGAUUCCACCGCACUCAACAAAGCCCAUAAUUCGGAUUCGAUUCAAUGGCAUCAAUCCGGGCAAUCACACAGCAUACAUCCGCAUCAAAAUAGCCGGCAGUGACGACGACGGCCUGGGUGGUGAUAAUAUUCUGGUAAUUCCUGUGGAAUUUGAAAUACUAACCACCUACGGUUUGUUCUCCCCAAUGCCGGUUAUCGACUUCGGUCGAUUAACCACCAAAGAAAAGAUGCAUACAUUUAAAGUAGAGCUUAAAAAUUCAGGCAAAAGUCCAGUGAAUAUAAUUGACUACGAACUGCGCAACAUUGAAUUUCCAAUUAGCAUAAAUCGAUUAUUCUCGGAGAUCACCCUCGAUCCAAGCACAUUUCAAACAAGCACAAUAAUAAAUGGCGAGCUGGUUGUGAAAUCGGCAUUUGCAAGAAGUCCCAAAGAGAUCAUGGAAUUGGUGCUCUAUGUGAGAGCAGAGGUCUUUAAUGGUGCUCUUGAAUUCAACAAGAAUAUAACAAGAUUCAUAACGAAGUCACAAAACUUCACAUUGCCCCAUAGACACUUCUGGGUGGUGAAUAAUUUUUCAGAGCCUCUGGCAAUUUUAAAUGUCACCACCAGUGAAACAAUAAAUCCAAAUCCAAAUCCAAAUGGAAAUGAAACAUCGGCGGCCUUCAAAAUAUCGAACUUUGUGCCGAUUGUCCUACAGCCAGGGCAAAAUCAUACAAUAUUUGAAAUUACGCUGCUCAAUGAGACGGCAAAUGAUCUAAAGCUUUUACAAAUUAUUACCAAUGUGACGACCUACCGACUUCCAGUGAUCGUUUGCACUGGCCUUCUGGAUUUUUAUACAAUUGACACGGAUGAUAUUAAUAUGAAGACAACAAAUUCGGUGCUAGACUUAGGGACGGUUCCUUUUGGAGAGAUGUCCCAUUCAGGUUAUGUUGUUAUUAAGAAUUCAAAUCCCAUUCCACUGGAAGUGGUGUAUUGGGAUUUUUCCAGUCCGCAAGGUGUGUAUUUCCAUUCGACGUUCCUGGGAUGUUUGAAGACCAAAAAGGAGGAGAACAAGCCUCUGAGUGAGUCCAAGUUUGAGCUGUGCUUCAAGUUGAACAUGGGCGAUGUGGCUGUAUACCAAAUUGGUAUACAGUCCUAUCAGGCGAAGUCGCUAUCGGGAAAUCUGAAGAUUAGGACUGAACACGAACAGAUUGUGGUGACUGUGAAGUUUGACACAAUCAUGGGACGUCUGGAGAUUGAUCAGAGUAAAUUACACUUUGGUGAUUGUUUUCCAGGCAAACGCUGUUCAGCCGAAAUAUCAUUCCACUCGACCUUUAUCAAACCGAUGCGAGUGAACUCGAUUAUCUUCAGCGAUUCGGGGCUUCAGUUCGAAGAUAACGAUGCGGAGGGGACUUGGAUCAUGCCGAAUACGGUGACGAAUGUUGGGAAGAUUUACUUCGAUCCGAGGUCGUUGUGUCAGUCUCGCUGCUACAUCCCCUUCAAUCAGACUCUUGCGCCGUUGUUCACCUCCCUGGAGAGCCAUUUGAAUUUCGACGAGACGGAGCUUCGCAGACGAACCGAGAUCUUCCGCCACUUUAAGUAUUACCUGAAAACAAUCACCUUCACCGUGAACACCAGUGAAGUACGCUUGUUCAAGUUCAACCUAACGGUCGACAUAAUCUGGCCGAAGCUGGUGAGUGGCGUCCAAACGUUGCCCACUGUGGAAAUCGGUCAGGCGUAUGUGGCGCAGAUUGUUCUCAACAAUCCCUCCGAUACGCCGCUGCUUGUAGACUUUUUCAUAUCAAAUCCGACGGUUUCAAAGAACACAAAGCUUUCGCUUCCCUUGGAGGUGGUAGAGAUAUGUCCGCAUUGUUACCUCACCGAUAAGCACGUAUUUAGCUUGGCCGGGGUUCAUAAGCCUCGAGUUAUUCAACCGAAAUCCAGCUUUUCAGCGAACAUUGAAUUUAUGGCCAAGGAGCCGGGAGUUUUUUCUACUAUUAUGCACAUAAGGAAUAAUUUGACACUGUACGAAGCGGUUUGGGUGACUGCCAAGGCUGUGAGAUCUCAAUUUAAGUUUGGCAACAAGAAGCCAGGCUCCUUAGCUGCCCUGACUUUCGAUGUCGGAGAGAAACACAUGAGCGGGUGUUUGUUGAAAGAGCAACAAAAUCCCGACACGACCAGAGAGAUUGUGAGUAUACGGCGCUCAUUUAUUGCUCGAAAUACGGGCGAGGUGCCGAUUUUGGUGUUGACAUUCAUGAUCGACGAUCAAUACUGCGAAGGCUACGGAUUCAAAGUCAUAGACUGCCAUGGAUUCGCACUUAAAUCGAAUUCUUCUAAGAAGAUCGAUAUCGCUUUCACGCCAGACUUUACACUGGCACGGGUAAUGCGGCCGUUGAUCAUAAGGACAAAUCUAUCCUACCUAGUUAAUUAUACUCUAAUGGCGUCCAUGACGCCAGCGGUAUUGGAGCACUGUUCCAAGUCAAUUCAGCGGCCGCCGUGGGAGUCGCGCAUCAAGCAGAUAGCCAUAUUUAUGCUGGCGACGGCUUUUGUGUUUGUUUUAAUCGCCGGGCACUUGGAUUCGGAUAAGGUCCUGACCGACCACGUUCAGAAUAUAUCGCGGGAUAAGGGUCCACUCCAGCCGACGCUUAAUCUGCGAAAUAUCGCCAUGCAAGCGAGUUCGUACGAUGAGGCAGGUGACACAGCCCGGAAUAGUAGAGUUGCCAUGGGCAAAGGGAUCAAUAAUGCGAUUUCGUUUAGGAAGCGCUCCAAUAAGAAAGGUUUCCCAGUCUUGAACAACAAUCUUCCCGAUCGAUCAUGGGCUCAGGAACUCGCCAAACUUGGAGUGAGGCCAAAAGAAGUUGUUUCCACCCCUCAACCAUCCAAACAACCAGUGGCUCCGAAUCGCGUUUCCCCAACAGACAAACUCCAGAAGUCCAAAGGUUCCCCAAAAGAGUCGGAGAAAAGUCCAGCUUCCACGGUUCCCGAGAGCAGUCCAGUCGAUAAGGAGAAGUCUUCUCCGCCAAAGAUCAUUUCAAAGUCUGACUGCAGCAGCAUGCAAGUGACUCCAUCAACAGACAUCAAAAAGAUUCCGAAGCAAAGCGCAAAGAAAAGCAAAGCAAACUCGAUCCAAAGUCAAUCUUCCCAAGAGACAUCGGCAGUUCCGAGUGAAACUUCACCUGUCAAAGAGGUGACUGAGUCCAAGCAGCCGACAGAUGAUCGUCCGACGCCAGUGAGACGAACAAAGAGUCCCAAGACGACAAACAAGACUGAAACCUCGGCUGAAAAGAAGUCUGAACAAGUAGUAAAACUACAGACAACUCCUGAGAUCCACAACGUGGAUAGUAGAUCCAUAAAUGGUUCCUCCACGCCUAUAAGUAGCACACACAGUUCUGUUGGUGGAGGAGGUGGCAGUGGAUCAGGAGGUGGAAAGAAGUAUGGAAAAACACCAGGCCGUGAACGCAAAAAGGAACAAUCCAAUGGAAGCAGUCAGUCAAAGAGAUUCGAUCGCAAGGUGUCCAAGUUCAAGCCCAAUGCAUUCCAUUUCUCUUCGCCUGUUUCAAAUACCGGCCCAGCACCGAUGUCAAUGUGGGAUCCCAAUCAACAGGCAAGUUUCUCAGAUGUCGUAGCUGCCGCCAAGGUACCUUCAACAAAUGAUAUGGCAACGUUAUACUGCGAUGACUUCAUGAGCGAAUAUCUGCCGAUGGAAAAUACAGAAUGGAACGAUGCCGAUCUAAAGAACGAUGAGACUUUUGGUGAUAGCAUGAUUGUGCCUACUCCCCCGAUGGCAAACAACUCAAAUGGCAUACACAAGAUGGGUGGUUCAAAUGAGUUGGGACCGAUUGGAACUAAGCGCUCGCCUGCUUCCACUCCCAACUGGGAACCCUUCAACGUUCUCAAACCGACUGCUUGCAACAAUUCGAGCUUCUUUUCGAAUGUCAUACCUACCUAUAUGUAUAGAGAUGCAAAUCAGUACUUAGGACGAAACCAAGCUAGUUAUGAACAGGACUUCUCCGGUCCCGGACACUUGCAGAACCAAUGGAAUCCCAACAAUGAAUACUUUGCCUCGCAACAACAGCAACUUGCAGAAUCUCACAAGCAUCCAACAGCAAAUUGGUCAAACGGCAAUGGUGGAUCUUCCGGCGGUCAGACUUGGGAUCCCAUGGGCUAUCAGCAAGCAGGUAAUGCUGCCAACACAUGGCAACGACCACCAAUUCGCCCUCCACCAGGAUUGGAGUUCCCUAAACGAGAUAGUCCCAUUGUAAGUUUGCAAGAUCAAAUGUCUCCAACGCCUUUUGGACAACAACAACAAACUCAACCCGAUUCGGAUCCACCAUUCAAUCCGAUUUUUAGCUCUUUGAGUAAUAUUUGGUCGGACAAUUGGAACAAAAAUAAGAACAAUAAUAACAAUAAUUAAAUGAAAACACAUAAAACAAAACACGAAAAAAUUGAAGAAGAAUUUACUGACCCCCCUGAUUACUAACUCAUAAAACACAGGACACUCUUAAUAGUUCUUUCCUCUCACCCCGCUGUGCUCUCGGAAUCCCUUGAUACAAGUUUAAGUCUAGAUGCUCAAAAUAUCAUUCAUAGAUUUAACUACCAUACAAUUGUUAUUUUAAUCAUUGUGUCAUAUUUAGUGGAAGCAAAAUGAACAAACAAAAAUUAAAACAAAAAAAAAAUAUACAAAAAUAAAAACAAAUGAAGUAACAAGGACAAGAAUGUGUUUCAAUG